UGUGUGAACAUAUUAGACUUGUGCUUCAUUGGAGAUAACCUAAGGCUGUUUGAAGCUUCCAGUCUGCCAACGCAGAGGCGCUGUUAAUGGAGCGCAAUAUUUUGCGUGAGGUGGUUCCAACUUUUUAUCUGCAGGUGCAGCGGCUCCGAGGUUGUGUUUUCAUUUAAUAUUGACAGUGUCAAAGUACAUGGCGAUUUCAGAGUUUCAAGGUUUGGGGAAAACACCCUAUCUUUCACAGGAACAAGGGAUGCAUAUAUAAAAAUGUCAAAACGAGCCCUUGACAAGGCUGAUGAGACUUUUAAGAAUCUGCAGAAAAACGGAAGGCAAAGGAAACCCAACAUACAGAAAUGAUUCUGCUGGGUGACUCAUGUUGAAACUGUAACAGGAUCUGUUCAGCUGAUAAGAUCUCAGUGACUAACUAUAAAGAGACAAGUUCCUGGAGCAAGGUCCAGGUUCAGGAUACUGCAGUCGCCCAUCUCUCGUUUUCCUCUAUUAACAUCAUGAGAGUUUUACUCCAAUUUUCAAAGAAUUACCAUGAAUCCAAUGCCACUGUGGGAAAGAAUGGUCUGUUAUGUGGAAAUGAAAGUUGGAUAUCUUCUGUGAUGGAAGAAUGUGUGCAGAAUCUUUGGGAACUCUGGAGUGCAGUUCUAGGACUUGCCUCAAUUUGCUGUUUUCUCUUUGCUUCUUUACCGCAAAUGUAUGUCGCUUACAAGAAUGAGAAGGUGGAUCACGCAUUGUCAGUGGGAUUUCUGCUUUGUUGGGUCUGUGGUGACAUUACCAAUUUUAUUGGCUGCUAUUUGACCAAUCAGCUGCUUAUUCAGACUGUUACAGCUAAUUUUUAUGUUACCCUUGACAAUAUGAUGAUCUCACAAUUUGUCUAUUAUAAACUGAAGAAUAGGAAAGGCAAAAGCAAGCAAUAUUUUAUUCUGUCAAAUUCCCUCUUGAAGUGGUUCUGUGUUUGCUGGGUUCUGUUGUGUGCGAUUGCAAUGAUGACUAUAUUACAUUUAUUGAGAAUAUCCCACCAUAAUAGGAGUCAUCCAGGAGAAAGGGGUACUUUUGACAAUGUUGAAUUCAUGGGUUACACCAGUGGCUACAUGUCCUGCAUAUUUUAUCUUGGCUCUCGUUUUCCACAGCUGUACAAAAAUUUCCAAAGGAAAUCCACAGAAGGUACAUCCUAUUUGCUGUUUGCACUGGCAAUGGUGGGUAAUACAACAUACGGACUGAGUGUGGCAGUAAAAGUGCCUGAAAAUGAAGUAUCAGCCAAAAAAUACAUCCUCCAUCAUCUGGCCUGGCUAAUAGGUAGCUUUGGGGUACUGUUGGUGGAUUUCUUUAUUACUGCACAGUUUAUUAGAUAUCGCAAACGAAGCAACUUCUCUCUCCGUUCAAUUCCAGAGGGGGCACCACUCCUUGAUGAUGAAGAAGAACAACUGAACAACUUUUUACAAUUGCACCAGUUUAAAUAAAAGAAUUUCUGAAUGAUUGAUUACACAUAAAUUGCUCUAGAACUUGCCACUAUUAUUUUAGACUUUAAUUGAGAGAUAAUUUGUUUUAAUAUUUACAUUAUCCUAAUUUGUAAUCCAUUAUCAGUAUUAUUAAAAAUAUUAGAUCUCUUUCGUUCAGCGUGCACCUUGUGAUGAAGUCAAGUCUCAACCUAAUGAUCUGUUUGCCAGGACUUUAAUGCUUUGCUGACACGAUCCCAAUUGAUCACUUCCAAGCAAAAGGUCAAAUGUUUUUUCUGCUCUUGACCAUAUUCCCACCAUCCCCACACCACCCACCCAUUAGCACCCCUCCAGCCCCAUCCCACCACCCCCAUCACCUUCACCAUGAGUGAAAAGAAAAUUGCCUGAGUAUAGGCCCAAUAUCCCUUCCA